GCCGGCCCGGGGGCGCGGGGGCGGCGGGGCCGGGCGAUGGCGGCGGCGCUGUAGCCGCGGGGCCGGGGCCGGGCGAUGGCGGCGGCGGCGGCGCGGCUGCGGGUGGCCCUGUGGGUGCUGUGGCAGCUGGCGGCGGCCGGGCGCGGGCUGGAGCUGGGGGGCCUGGAGGGGCCGCGGGGCCGGGCGGCGCGGUGCCAGCCCGUCGACAUCCCCAUGUGCCGGGGCAUCGGGUACAACCUGACCCGCAUGCCCAACCUGCUGGGCCACGAGAGCCAGCGCGAGGCCGCCCUGAAGCUGCACGAGUUCGCCCCGCUGGUGGAGUACGGCUGCCACGUCCACCUCCGCUUCUUCCUCUGCUCCCUCUACGCGCCCAUGUGCACCGACCAGGUGAGCGCCAGCAUCCCCGCCUGCCGCCCCAUGUGCGAGCAGGCCCGCCACAAGUGCGUCCCCAUCAUGGAGCAGUUCAACUUCGGCUGGCCCGAGUCACUCGAUUGCGGCAAGCUGCCCACCAAGAACGACCCCAAUGCCCUCUGCAUGGAGGCCCCCGAGAAUGCCUCAGCCGCCGAGCCCCACAAGGGCCAGGGCAUGCUGCCCGUGGCUCCCCGGCCCUGGCCACCGGGCACCGCCGAGGGCCGAGGACCCAAUGGCCUGGGGGCCUGCGACAACCCCGAGAAAUUCCAGUACGUGGAGAAGAGCCUCUCCUGUGCACCCAGGUGCUCCCCCGGGGUGGACGUCUACUGGUCCCGGGAGGACAAGGACUUCGCCUUCAUCUGGAUGGCUGUCUGGUCCACCCUCUGCUUUGUCUCCACUGCCUUCACUGUCCUCACCUUCCUGCUUGACCCCCACCGCUUCCAGUACCCCGAGAGGCCCAUCAUCUUCCUCUCCAUGUGCUACAACGUUUACUCCGUGGCCUUCAUCAUCCGCUCGGUGGCAGGGGCUGAGAACAUCGCCUGCGACCGGGAGAACGGCGAGCUCUACAUCAUCCAGGAGGGGCUGGAGAGCACGGGCUGCACCAUCGUCUUCCUCAUCCUCUACUACUUCGGCAUGGCCAGCUCGCUCUGGUGGGUUGUCCUCACCCUCACCUGGUUCCUGGCUGCCGGGAAGAAGUGGGGACACGAGGCCAUCGAGGCCCACAGCAGCUACUUCCACAUGGCUGCCUGGGGCAUCCCGGCCAUGAAGACCAUCGUCAUCCUCACCAUGCGGAAAGUGGCUGGGGACGAGCUCACGGGGCUGUGCUACGUAGGAAGCAUGGAUGUCAGUGCCCUGACUGGCUUCGUCCUCAUCCCCCUCUCCUGCUACCUGGUCAUUGGCACCUCCUUCAUCCUCACGGGCUUCGUCGCCCUCUUCCACAUCCGGAAGAUCAUGAAGACAGGCGGCACCAACACGGAGAAGCUGGAGAAGCUGAUGGUGAAGAUUGGGGUCUUCUCUAUCCUCUACACUGUCCCGGCCACCUGCGUCAUCGUCUGCUACUUCUACGAGCGGCUGAACAUGGAUUACUGGAACCUCAGGGCCCUGGAGCGCGGCUGCCUGCACCUCCCCGGCCGGCGUGCCGCCAACUGCUCCUUGGAGGCCUCGGUGCCCACCGUGGCCGUCUUUAUGCUAAAGAUUUUCAUGUCGCUGGUGGUGGGCAUCACCAGCGGGGUGUGGGUCUGGAGCUCCAAGACGCUGCAGACCUGGCAGAGCCUGUGCAACAGAAGGCUGGGCAUGAGGACGAGGGGCAAACCCUGCAGCGGGGUGAGCUGCGGGGGGGUGCACUGCCACUACAAAGCCCCCACGGUCAUGCUGCACAUGACCAAGACGGACCCGUAUCUGGACAACCCGACGCACGUCUAGAGCGGGGGCUGCCCCCUCCCCAGGGAUGGCGGCGCCGGGGGAAGCCGGCCUCACGGCUGCGAGGAAUGGAAAAAACAAUAAACCCUGGAUGUGUUAUUUUAACCGAGCCUGGUGCUGUUUGGAGGAAUGUGAGGGGCUCGCGAGUGGCCCCGUGGGAUAACCCCCACCCCCGGCCCCGGCUCAGCAGGAGAGCUCCCCAGUGCCGCCCUGCAUGCUGUGGCAAGAGGACAAGUGUCACGCUGGCAGCCAGGGGACCGAAAGGGCUGGCCAACCUGUCCUGCAGCCUGGUGACCUCCCACUACCCAGGGGCAGAAGGAGCAGAGCCCCAUCCCUCGUCUCCGGGGAGGCCGAUGAAGAGGGCCAGCUCCAAGCACACACAUCCCCAGCAGCACAGCCGAGGAAGGGUGGCGUGCGAGGGCAGCCCCACCGCAGAGGGCAUGGCACAACCCGGCUGCGGUAGCAGGAACGGAGGCAGGGCCCAGGUGCUGGUAUAACCAAACCUGAGCAGAGCGUGGCCAAGGCAGCAGCUCUCCGGAGCUGCAAGCUUACCUGACCAGGACUCGCCGUUCCCUUGAUCCCUUGCCCUGUGGCUCCCUUUUCCCUCCGUAAGGCAGCGACAGCACGUUUUGAUGGGGGCUCCGGGGAAGGCAAAGGCAAGACAUCCUCCACCAUCCCACAUGAACACAGGGCACCCACAAAGGACUCGCUGCAAGCCAGUUUUACAAACACAAGUACAUAAUGUUUAUUUUUAAGUUUCCAAUUUAUUACAAGUACAGCCCUUAGCAGAAACUCCCUCCCCCCCAAAAUGACAUUUAUUUUUUAAAAAACGUACAGUUCCAAAGGUUUCACCGUGUAAGACCUGCAGAAAGUGUUCUCUAUGAACGGGACAAAACGAAGCCUCUGAAGGGGACGUGCGAAAUACAAACGUCAGUGCUAUUCUGUGGGGCAGGGAGCUGAGGCUGGGCAGAGGGGAAGAGGGAAGUGGCUGGAAACCUGCCUUGU